AGAGGCAUGGAAAAGAUGCAUAAAAUUGGAAUUGAUGCUGUGCUUGACAAAUAAGGCGAUGUGAGAUACAGUGCCCUUACAAUAGUGAAAAGCAGAUGUUACAGAUGUCAUGAGGUCUAAGACCAACUUUUCAGAAAGUUUUUUCUCUGAAGAAAUGGCCUCCAGCACUGGAAAUGAAAAGGGCGUGAAUCCUGUGCUCAGAAUAAGUCAACUUGAUGCUCUUGAACUAAACAAAGCGUUGGAACAACUCGUGUGGUCCCAGUUUACAAACUGUUUUCAUGGAUUUAAACCAGGGGUGUUGGCUCACUUUGAACCAGAAGUUCAUCACUGUGCUUUCCACUGGAAGCAAGUUACCCCUUAUUUUCAACUGAAAAGUCAGAUGAAUGAUUCAAAAUGUUUUGUCUGAAUGAAGAUGACCAGUCUCCUUAUCUGUCUUCACAGUGUGUAAUACUGAAAGAUGCAAGAAUGUACAAAAUGAUACAGGGGAAGUGAAUGGAAUUAGAAGAUGCAUGCAGAGGUAAGUCAUACUUAUGCUUUUUAUGCCUCCUAAUGAAGGAAGAGCCCAUUUAAAUACUGCCUCGCUUUUGGUUUGGGUCAGGCACAAAUUCCUGUCAAUGGAGCUGUUAUAUACUGUUUGAGACAAGAAACAUACAAAUGAAUGAAAUCUUUAAUAUUGAUAGGUAACGGGUCUAUUGGUUCCUGCCAACUCUGACAAGAUCACCUAUUUGUGUGUAUUGAUUAACAUCUAAUCCAUAAGAACUUAAGCUCAUUGUUUGCAGAAUGUUAAGUGGCAGUAUCAUGAUACCCUGUAUAUGUUUAUAUAUAUCUAUGUUUAUAUCUAUGUAUCUAUAGGUAUAUAUGUAUUAUACUUAAGACCAAUAUAAUUUAAAAUUGUAACAUGGAAUCAGUCAUCAUAUGGACUUUGAAAGACUUACUGAGACAUUUGAAAGUAAACAUUGUGUGUAUCUCUGUUUUAAAGCAAAACUCAAAUAUAUUUGUACUACACAAAAAUACACUACAAUAGAAUAGCUAUAACUAUAAACAUGUGCAAAAGCAUCAGUACAUUUAGGAACACAAAUUAAAACCAGGACUGUAAUUACAUACUUCAUUAUUUAUAUGUAUUCUGGGUAUUUUAGCAUACUAUAGAAGCUGGAUAUGUAAUCUCUACAGUUAAUAAUAGACCAAAUUCAUCCCAGGUGUAAUUUCAUUGAAGUCAACAGACCUGGAAUUGCACCUGGAAUGAAUUUGGCCCAAUGCUAUGAAUGCCUCCCGACUCUCGCCAGCCUAGAUUUACAUAUAAGAUAUAACACAAAAAUGAAAUAAAAAUAGAAGAUGUCCAGGAGGCAUAGCAUGUUUACAAAGCAGAGUGGUAAUAACCUUGUCUGAUAUAUAUGUGGCAGUGCUUUGCUUAGCCAGACAGUAUUAUUGGGCAUGAGGGAGGGUUAGCUCUGACAGUGGCUCAGGUUUGCCUAGGUCCCUUCAUGUCAUUGCCUUUUUUUUUCUCUUUUUUCUCUCUUUCUGCUUUUGAAGCCUCAUAGCCCAGAACCAUCCAAUGAAAUGAAGGUGCCCCAAACUGACUCAUUUAUUACCUAUUCGUUUGCUGUGAUGCGAUCUCCAGGAGCAAAAAAAUGCUGCAAUACAGUAAUGUUUAAACAUGAAGACCUAUUCUGAUCAACUGAUAUUAUUCCUUAAACUGAGAAUCACAGAAUGUAUAUAAAAUUCAACUUGCAUAUGUGAUCACCAACAUUCUAUUUUUUUAAAAAAUUAUUUUGCUAACAAACCAGAUGAA